UUGAAACAAUAAAAUUUGUGCGAUAUCGAUAGUGUAUCAAUGAAAGCAAGAGUUUAUGAACUCUUGAUGAAAGUAAUUACUGAAGACAAGACCAGCUUUGAGAGUACUGACGCCCAAUGGACUUAGGAUGGCUGCGAUACUGAAAUAUGAGCCCUCCGAAGAGCAGCACGAUGUUGUCCCUAUUGCUCACUUUGGGCACGGACACCUCAAAAAGCCGGACGAUGAGCGGAUAAAGUUUUACAUGUAUGGCAGCACGAAGAAGGAUGUACGUCGUGGCAACCAUCGUCUCCUGGUUGCAGAGACCAGUGAACAGAGCUACGUGGGAAAGAACUUUGGUCCAGAGGCGUCUCACAAGCCACUUUGCAAGCACUACGUUGGUGUACUGGACAAGCGCAGUUAUGUCAUGACCAUACAUGAAGCCGAGCUGUUCAACCUCAAGCCGACCGUCGUGACAUCAACAACCACCGCAGAAGAGCGUGAUGAUGAUGUGGAAACGCCUGAGGACUCCUACAUUCAGAAGUUCUCGGAUAUGGUGAAGGCGUUCGGUACAUCUCGGCAGAAGCGCUCGCUGGCAGCACAAGAGCUUAGCCGAUCCUCUCUGCAGAAUGCCGGUGUGGCCAUGGCGUCUACCAUGGAGCAGCUAGCCACGGAUGAUCCGUCUCUUGCAGUGCCAGCUGCACCCGUCGCUAACAUACCUCCAUUUGAUAUCGAUGCAACGGAGCCUGCAGAUGCCUACAAGAUUGGUUCAAUUAUAACACCGACAGAAGAGGACUGCCUCCGCGGCUACCAGAAGUGCUUUGCGCAAGCAGACAAGGAGACAAUCGAUCAGUGGCGAGAAGGCUCGAGGUAUGGCGAAUAUAUUAUGCGGCACGUUGCUCAUCUUCCCAGCUAUGACGAGGAGAGAAAUCGCUUGUCUCGCCUUCUGCUAUACCUGAGCGCCCUGAUUCAAUUGUACAACGUGCCACCGAAAGUAGCUGCUAGGAAAGGCGUUGUAUUGUCGGACAUUCCGAGCAUACUGCAAUCCCGGCUCUACAGCCUCUUCACGGUUGAGUCGGAGAUUUCCGGCAAGAAGAGGUACACAGUGCCUGGUCGACUACGAGAUCGACUCGUUGCCUACAUAUUUGUAGUGGCACUACACGUCGAGAAUUUCGACUUUGAUGCCGCUCUCCUGAUCAGAGAUUUGUCCCUCACGCCAUCAAGAGCAGCGGAAUACUUCCGUUCUAUUGGCUGCUCUGUCAUCACUAAUGGGUCUCGCAAGCGCAAGAGUAUGCAGGACAGUGAUUCGCCAGGUGCUGAUGGCCUGGAGCCAGAGGCCAGUAUUCGUGUUCGACUCAAGAUACCCUUGACAUUCCCAGGCAAGAAGCGCGGCAGGUCUCGCCACUAGUGGCUUGUGUCCUGUUUGAACCAAUAUGGCUGGAAGACAUUCUCAACUGUGGUUGUGUGCCUUUGUCUCACUCCAGGUCUUUUUUUUAUAGAGCUUGUACUCAUGUACUCAGAGCUUAUUUCCCAACGUCCAACUUUCUUUUGUUGGCUGACGGAACCAGCCUACCGUGUCUAUAUAAUAAACUGUACAUGAAAUUA